AUGACGUUAGACAACGAGGAGUUUGCAGAAGCGUACAAAAGACUGAACGAGGCCGAGGCGGCCGCGACGCAUUUGGAGAAACUGCUGGAUGCGAUCGAAAGCAGGAUGGACGAUCUGGAGAAAAGCGGCCAGUCGCAGACGACAGACACCGCACAGCGGGAGACCGUGCACGCUGACGUGGGCGACGGGCAGCAGCCAAACGCAGACCAGCCUGAGACAAAUAACGGAGGCAUUUAA